UUUCGAUUGAUCGAGAUGGGUACAGAAGGGAUAAUGGGCAGAUAUGUUUCUGGCGUUACAGGUGGAGUGGCACCCACUCUGACUUGGAGAAUGGCUGGAAAUGGAAAUCAGCAGCAAAAUCCAAAUUUGAUGAUUCUUCUCGAGGGAGGUGUCGAGUUCCGGUGACAGAGUGGUGACUGUUAGCAAGCUCGUGUUAUCUUGAGGAGAAAGAUGAGAUCUUUAAGCGGUUUGGGGAUCGGCUUAAGCGUCGUCUCAGGUUGCCUGUUCUUGGCUCUUGUUGCAGAGCUGUGCUACUUGUUCUGGUGGAGGAAGAUAAGCGAUGGAGACAUGGAGGACCGCUACCGCUGCAGGGCUUGUUUGCCUGCCAAAGGACUUGUUCAGCUCUUCUGCUGGAAGAAGCCACAUUCCUUGAGCUUCGCAGCACCCGACCGAGUGGAUGUAACUUCUUGUUCCGAUGAGGGACAACCGGAAGGCAAAGACCUCCUUCUGAAUCCACUCCGUAGGGAGGAUACCGUGGAGGCGGAGCUGAUGAGGUUUCAUGGUCUCCCAGGGCCUCCCAGACUUCUCUUCACCAUUAAGGAGGAAUCGAAGGAGGAUUUGGAGUCCGAGGAUAGCAUGUCCAGAGGUGGGAGGAGCAGGAAAGGUUCCCGGAGGAAGAGCUUGAAUGAUCUGUUCCUGUCUUCGGACACCCCGUUCAUGACACCGCUCCCUUCUCCUCCUCUUUUCUCUCCGGCACCGACUCCCUUCGAUUGCUACAAGCAAAGUGGAUUCAACCCCCUCUUCGAGUCCUCCAAGGAAGAAGAUUUGAUCAGGAUGUGGUCGUCGCCACCUCCCAAGUUCAAGUUUCUCAAGGACGCCGAGGAGAAAUUACACAGGAAGAAUCUGAUGGGAGAAGAGACUGGUCAUCCUUCUCAUCCUCCUCCUCGAGCUAUUUCACGUCCCACAGUCCCAGAAGAGGAAGAUGGAUCUUUCAUCACUAUAGUCAUAGGAAAGAACAGAGACAGAGGUCAGCAACACCAUCCUUGCUCCUCACAGGUGACUCCAGUACCUUCCUCUCCUUCAAGCAUCAAACUGCUACAUGGGAAUCACAGUCACUAAUUCCUCAUCAACAAAACUCGCAUUAUGGCAGCGAAUUUAGUAGCCACAUCAAUUCUUUUGUGAUGUACUCUCUCUCUCUCUCUCUCUCUCCACUUCCACUCAAAAUCAUUAUCUUUUGCUGGACGAGUGGAAGUCAUCAGACACCUCUUUUUCCGGCUUCCAUGUGAUGGAUGGUGAUGUGUAGAGUUGGCGUGCAGGUAAGGCAUCAAAAUGUUGCAUCGUUCACGCUACCUUUUGCUUUCGGUGGGCUGAGCUUGCAAUCAUUCCUGUGGAUGGUUUUGUAGCGCUAUGCCUUCCCUAUCCUUCCCUAUCCUUUCAUCUGCUUCGAGGAAACAGAGUGCUUUCCCCUCCA